GGGCGCCUGGAGAGUGGUGGGAGGGUGGGCAACAUGGCGCCCGGCGAGUGAUCGGCCCGGAUUUCUCCAGCGCUCGCUGAGGCACCGGGGAGAGGGGGUCUACCCCCGACUGCCGCCCUUCCUUCUCUCCCCGCCCCCAGAGCCUUCUCCCUCCCUUCCUCCCUCGACCUGGGCGGGUGGGGGGAGGCAGACUUGGUUCCCGGGACACCAUGUCGGACUCUGAGGAGGAGAGCCAGGACAGGCAACUGAAAAUCGUCGUGCUGGGGGACGGCACCUCCGGGAAGACCUCCCUAGCUACCUGUUUUGCUCAAGAAACUUUUGGGAAACAGUACAAACAAACUGUAGGACUGGAUUUCUUUUUGAGAAGGAUAACAUUGCCAGGGAACUUGAAUGUUACUCUUCAAGUUUGGGAUAUAGGAGGGCAGACAAUAGGAGGCAAAAUGCUGGAUAACUAUAUCUAUGGAGCACAGGGAAUCCUCUUGGUAUAUGAUAUUACGAAUUAUCAGAGCUUUGAGAAUUUAGAAGACUGGUACACCGUGGUGAAGAGAGUGAGCGAGGAGUCAGACACUCAGCCACUGAUUGCUUUGGUGGGCAAUAAAGUUGAUUUGGAGCACAUGCGAACAGUAAAACCUGAAAAACACUUACGGUUUUGCCAGGAGAAUGGUUUUAGUAGCCACUUUGUCUCAGCGAAGACCGGAGACUCUGUCUUCCUGUGUUUUCAGAAAGUUGCUGCUGAAAUCCUUGGAAUCAAGUUAAACAAAGCAGAAAUAGAACAGUCCCAGAGGGUGGUGAAGGCAGACAUUGUAAACUACAACCAGGAGCCCAUGUCGAGAACCAUGAACCCUCCCAGGAGCUCCCUGUGUGCGGUGCAGUGAGCGCGCGGUUCCGUUCUCUGGGACUGGUCCGUCCGCCUUCCCCUCGCCUCCCCGUGGGCCGGAGGCCCGCGCGGGACUCCGGACUCGUUCCAUCAGCGACUGUCUCUGUAGUUCAGCUAACAUUCUCCUCCCGGCUCGCUCCGUCCUUACGUGCUGCCUGCCUCUCGGCCGCCGGCCGCUCCUUGGACAGGAAGGAAUUCAGCCUCAGGACCACACACUUGGAGUUCCAAACGGAAGGCCCAUUCUCUGGAGUCGGACUGCUUCAUUGGAAAAGAGGGAUGUUGGUUCUCUCGAAUGUCCUCACUUCUUUUUUACCCAGAUGUCAAUUUUUAAAAACCAAUAUGGAAACUCUCCAAGUGUUGAUCAUCACCCAGGAUUUUGCCAUAUUUUCAUUUUCUUAAUCGGAACUCACACAUGGCAAAAGUAUGCUUCAGAGUACAAACAUUUAGACAAGUGAUAUAUUUUUAUCUACAAAUACUAAAGAAGGCAAACCUUUUGCUAUCUAUAGUGAGUGGAAAUAUAUAAAGCUGUAUCUAGCUGAAAAUGCUUGGAAUAAAGCUGUAAUAGAACUAUAUUUUUUUCAUUUUGUAAAAAAGGACCUAAGCUGUUUAUAUUGUAUCGAUAGCUCACCAAGCGGUGAGUGUUUGAUACUGUAUUUUUAUCGCUGUAUCAUGGUCAUUGUGAGCCGUGGGAUGCUCGGGGGAGAGGCCUCACGAGUUUGCUCAGUGCCCGGCCGUGCGCCCCAGGACCCGCGCCUGCGCACUGCACCCGAGCGCCCUCGGGGCGGGUUGUGACUGUUGUUGGAUCAUUGCGCAUCGGACUUGUACCUGAUGUUCAGACGUUUUUCUUCUGCAAAUAAAUUUAUUUAAUCUAC